AGUGGUUGUUUUAAAAAUCUUUGCAACGGUUUGUGCUUCAUUUCGUGUAGUGUUUGGCAUUGUGAUUGUAUGGUUCACUUGAAUAGUGCAUUAGAAACAAGUUAUAAACAUCAUUUUUUUUGUCUCCGUCUGGUUCAAACACUUCAUUUGUUGGUAGACGGAUUAAAAGCUUUCACGGUGAGACUACAAUUUACGGAUGAAUCAGUCAUAUGUAAGAUUACAUGUCUGCAAUUUUGGUGCGAAAUUCAUCCAUCCAUUUGGCUGAAUAGCGUUUCGUUAUUUCGGCUUUGUCAGUUUCGCAAUUGAAACAAAAUCUAAUUUCACAUACAGGUUAGUAGGUAGACAACCCCAAGGUCACUAGCGUCGCUGAAACGUCGUCCAUGAAUUGUGGUCUUACCAUUUUCGCUUAAUGAGCUUACGUAUCUAGGAGUAGUACAUAACCAGUGACCCCAGGUUGUUUCUAAUUUCUGAGUGUUACCGAGCCUAAGCAUAUGCCUAAGUGGGUGCCCAGGAGUAAUUAGAAUUCUAUGUCAUUAAAUCACCUUUAAGACACCUAUACUUCAGUGGGUAGAUAUUCAGUAAUUUGGAGUGCUCUUCAUUACGUUUGAGCUUGGGUCCCGGGACUGAUUUUAUGGCUCGCUUUGGUAUUCAAUGAAGUGUGUUUUUGUCCUUUUGAAGUGAGGAUUGGAACACUAUACUUCCAUACCCUAAAUGGGGUCAGAUAAAACUUAAAGAAAAAGUUAAAGUUAUGCAGUCAAACUGCCUAAAAUGGGUUUCGAAUUUAUCAGUGCAAGGUUUGUUUGAACGGCGUUUUUGCUUCAGUUAUCGUAAAACUAGGUCAUAGGGUAUCAAGACUCCUAGGUCUCUUGCGAUCUGGGAUGCCCAUAAAGGGGAGUUACCUAAGUUGUGUGCGUAGUCUGUAACAUGCCUCAGAUGAACCAGUAUGCACUUUGAAGUUCUAUGAGUCGGUUGUUAUCCGCCCAGCUUUACGGUCUAUUCAGAUCAUCCUGAAGUGCCAGCUUUUCGUCUUGGUUGGAAACUGUGUAAAAUUUUAAAGUCUGGUUCAUCUUGUUUCUUCCUCAGAUUCUUGUCUGUCAAUACUGUCAACCUUCACUUCUUCUUGGAAUUAAUUCUUUCAGCACUGACCGAUUUCAGUAGUCACAUAUCGAGAAAGUAGACAGAUGCGAGAAAUCAGAUCAACUCAUUUUUUGUACGGUGAUAUACAUGUUUCUAUAGAUCUGUAAUAUGAACACAACUUUACUACCUCAAUCUCACCGGAACCUCCCAUUAAGCACGUGGGAUUGAUUAUGAACAAUCAUUCUGUUGAUCAUAUAGGUUGAAGUGAAUAACUACACACGCUAGGAUCGUAUGUGCGCUUACUGGCAUUUUAGUUUUGAACUGCAAACCCUUUUGCUAUAUUUAAUAGGAUUUACUUAUAAAAAACGUACUGUAGAGUGAUAAAGAUGCUAAACUAAAAUCAUAACAGUAAACUAGGGUUUUAAAACUUCGCAAAUCGAAUUUUAUUUGUUGAAGUUUGCAGAAUAAAAGGAAUCAUGGGUUUCCUAAGCUUUCACUACAAUCUUAUUUUUGCAUAAACAGGGCGUGAAAAAUCCAACAAUCGCGAUAGCUUCUCGUCUCAAGAUUCCUAGUUUCAUAAGCUCUAGCAUUUGGAUGGAUUAUUAUUAUUCGAUAUAGUUGGGUCAGGGAUUGAGGACCCCAUCUCUUCCCUUGGUUUACAUGUCAGACGACUAAUUCGGUAGUUCAUUCAAAAGUAUUUCCAAAAUUAUAUACAUAGACGGGAUGGGAUUCUGCUUUUUCUGUUGAGUAGUCAUCAGUUACUGUUAGAAUUCUCUCUUACGGUUAUAACCCAGCUAUUCCUAUUGCUUAGUAUUCUCAGACACCGACUCACUCGACAAGUCCCCCAAAUCAGAACACGGCUGAACAGGAAAAGAGAUUAUAUUCCAAGUAACAAGGUUAGAUGGAAGUAAGAAGCACAAUAGGAAAAACGUUAGUAUAUUUAUAGUUUUCACAUGAGAAGGUUCCUAGUGUUCACUAAGUACUGCAUUAGCCAAUCAGCGUGCACCAAAGCAAUCGUGCAUUGAACCUGCUUUAAUCCAGUCUAUGUCCCGCCAACAGUUACACUAAAUGGUAUUAAUGUAUUCGAUAUAUGCGUUUAAGUAGAGACGGGUUCUACCCAAUAAUCCUUACGUUGAUUGUCACCUGAAACCGGUGAGACUAAAAUGACUACGUUGUUAAACCACUUCCUGCCUCAUCAAUACACCUUUUAUUAGCCGAAGAUAUUAACUAUCAUAUUUCCUUUGUUUGUUAUUAAGCAAAAAGCCUAGUUUUCGUUAAGGGGAUCACUAGAUACUGUUAUCCAUUUCCCUUAGGUUUUAGUUUAUUUCCUGGGUAUCUAAAACACAUCCUGUAGGAAUUCGUUGUGCGAAUUACCCGGUAUUUACACAAGUUAGUUGUUGGUAUAAUGUCAGAUCAGUUUAUGCUUAUUAACUGAUCUUAUUUUUAGUUUCGUUAUCUGAAUGGUCUUACAACUCAGGAAUCUAUAUUUGUGCAUAAUUUCAAAAUAUAUUGCUUAAUUGAACACCAUGCACUUCAAUUUUGUAGAUGUCACCUGUCGAAGAACAACAGGGCGAUAAACCCAUUCAACCUAAAAUUGGUAUAAUAUAUCCUCCACCUGAAGUAAGGAAUAUCGUCGAUAAAACGGCGAGUUUUGUAGCACGUAAUGGUCCAGACUUUGAAUCUCGUAUUCGUCAAAAUGAGAUCAGUAAUCCAAAGUUCAAUUUUCUGAAUCCAGCUGAUCCAUACCACGCGUAUUAUCAACACAAAGUUCGAGAGUUUGCUGAAGGGAGAACACCAGAACCUGCUGCUCUAAAAUUAACUAUUCCUAGUGCUGCUCGUCUUGCUCAGGAUACUCCAAAAUCGAUUCAAGAAACAUUUACACCCAAGGAUCCACCAGCUGAAUUUGAAUUUGUUUAUGAUCCACCUUCUAUUAACGCAGUUGAUAUUGACAUAAUAAAACUUACAGCACAAUUUGUUGCAAGAAAUGGUCGACAAUUUUUAACUCAGUUAAUGAAUCGAGAACAGAGAAAUUAUCAGUUUGACUUUCUCCGUGCUCAGCACAGUAUGUUUGGUUAUUUUACAAAACUUGUGGAACAAUACACUAAAAUCUUAAUACCACCUAAAGACGUUGUUUCGAAAUUGGAGGACGAGUUAGAGAAACCGAAACAGCUGCUUGACGAUGUAAAAUAUAGGGUUGAGUGGCAUAAGUAUCAAGAACGUCAGCGUAAGCGUGAGGAGGAGGCUGCAGAACGUGAACGUGUGGCGUACGCAAUGAUUGAUUGGCAUGAUUUCGUGGUUGUUGAAACAGUUGACUUUCAACCAAAUGAAGCAGGCAAUUUCCCUCUACCGACUACUCCUGAUGAAGUUGGAGCACGCUUACUAGCUGAAGAACGUGGUCUUCAGCCUCCUUCAAAGCCGUCAGCCCCUCCACCCCCCGGUUCACUUGGAUUAAUGCCAACUGAUAUAGAUGAAGAUGAUACAAGUGACCAAGAAUUAGAUGAAUCAGAAGAUGAAAAUGAAGCUUCUGGGCUUUCUCAACCUAAGGGCCAGGGUUUGAUCAAUCACAGCCCUCUACCAUAUCCUGAUGAGACAGAAAAUCGGGUUACUGAUGAUAUCCCAACCCCACCUGCUGUUAAUAUGACUGAUAUAGCUGGAGAAGAUGAUAUGGAGUUAUCAGAUGAUGAGAAUAUUGCUGAAGAACUCGUUCAGCAAAACAAAGUAUCAGCAAAACAGGUACCAUUAUCUUCUGAUCAAGUCAUUAUUCGACAUAACUACGACCCAAAAGCUACAAAUAUUAGAAGAGCAGAGGAUUCUGUGCUUUUAGUAUCACCUUUCACUGGCGAGAAGAUUCCUGCUAACCAAGCUCCAAAACAUAUUAAGGUUGGGCUACUCGAUCCUAAGUGGGUCGAACAGCGUGAUCGAGAGAUUCGCGAGAAACGUGAACAAGAACAAGUUUAUGCUGCGGGAAAUCUGAUUGAUAGUAGCUUAAAGCAGCUUGCUGAGCGUCGCACAGACAUUUUCGGUGUAGGAGUUGAUGAAAUUCAGAUUGGCAAGAAAUUAGGAGAACAGGAAAUAGUCAAGUCUGAUAAGCUAGUUUGGGAUGGUUACUCUGUUACUACAGAUGUUGUUGCCAAAAGAAACUUAGAAGCGGUUACUGUUAAAGAUAAGCUAGAUUUAUUAGAGUUCCAACAGAAAUUGGAUUCUGCUCGCGAUAAGAUUGGUCCUCAAAGCGGGGUGCUCCCUGCUCUAGGCAUUAUCCCUCCGGUACUGCAUAAGCCGACAAUCUUGUUGCCACCACCAUCAAUGCAAGGUGGAGUUACACAACCUCCACCGCCCCCACCCCCUCCCGGCCUUGUAAUGCUUUCCAGUGCGCCACCACCAUUACCACCAGGUCUAUUUCCUCCCGGGAUGCCACCUCCACCCGGCAUAGCUAUACCGAGUUUCAUGCCUCCACAUCCACCCAUCCCACCACCACCACUUCCACCUCCAACACCUGCUAAUGAUGGAGAACCGGAAGCAAAAAGACCGAGAGAAUAGUUGAGUAAUAUUGGUCAAUAAGUGUACUUUUGCCCCUUUACCUUUGUAUCAACUAGCUACUAUCUCAAAUAUAUUUUCCCAUGUUUCAAUGGUUUUAUUUAUAUU